CAAUACUUGAACAGCUGUUCCCAAAAAAGGUUUGGUGUUACCAUUUGCUCCAAGAAGUCCAUUCCAUUAAAUGCUGAUAUAAAAAUUAAAAAGGAAUUAGAAUAAGAUCAUUCUAAAUUCCCACAGGGGUCCUUACAAGCUGCAGUUUGAACUUACUUUGAUCUCCUGGCACAGCAAUAAACAAUGCUUGAUGAAGAAGAAGCCACUGCCUUGGUGUUUGACAACGGCUCAGGACUUUGCAAGUCAGGGUUUGCAGGGGAUGAUGCACCAAGGGCUGUUUUUCCAUCCAUUGUAGGUCGUCCUCGGCAUCAGGGUGUUAUGGUUGGCAUGGGUCAGAAGGACAGCUAUGUAGGGGAUGAAGCCCAGAGUAAAAGAGGAAUUCUUACCCUGAAGUAUCCCAUUGAACAUGGAAUUAUCACAAACUGGGAUGACAUGGAAAAGAUUUGGCACCAUUCUUUCUACAAUGAGCUCCGCGUUGCCCCAGAAGAGCAUCCUGUUUUGCUCACAGAAGCACCACUGAACCCCAAAGCUAACAGAGAAAAAAUGACCCAGAUUAUGUUUGAAACCUUCAAUGUACCUGCGAUGUAUGUAGCCAUUCAGGCGGUCCUGUCUUUGUAUGCAUCUGGCCGCACAACUGGGAUAGUACUGGAUUCUGGGGAUGGAGUCACUCACAAUGUUCCUAUUUAUGAAGGAUACGCACUCCCUCAUGCCAUAAUGAGGCUAGAUCUUGCAGGAAGGGAUCUUACAGACUACCUCAUGAAAAUCCUGACAGAAAGAGGCUAUUCAUUUGUCACUACAGCUGAACGUGAGAUUGUCCGUGACAUAAAAGAAAAGCUGAGUUACGUUGCCCUGGAUUUUGAGAGUGAAAUGGCCACUGCUGCCUCUUCUUCAUCCCUGGAGAAGAGUUAUGAGCUUCCAGAUGGUCAGGUCAUCACUAUUGGAAAUGAGAGGUUCCGUUGUCCUGAGACGCUAUUCCAGCCAUCUUUCAUUGGUAUGGAAUCUGCAGGUAUUCAUGAAGCCACCUACAACAGCAUAAUGAAAUGUGAUAUCGACAUUCGUAAAGAUCUAUAUGCAAACAAUGUGCUGUCUGGCGGAUCAACCAUGUAUCCAGGCAUUGCAGACCGAAUGCAGAAAGAAAUCACAGCAUUAGCCCCAAGCACCAUGAAGAUCAAGAUGAUAUCUCCACCAGAGCGUAAAUAUUCUGUGUGGAUAGGAGGCUCUAUUUUGGCAUCAUUAUCAACAUUUCAGCAAAUGUGGAUCAGCAAAGAUGAGUAUGAGGAAUCUGGCCCCUCUAUUGUUCAUCGCAAAUGUUUCUAACAGUAAAAUCUCCCAUUCUCUAAUCUUUGAAUGUAAAAUUAUGCCAAGUAGCAUAUUCACAGCUUUCAUGUUUACUGUAUAAGCAUAUGUUCAUGCACACCUUCUUGUAUAAUCAGAUGAGAUUUCAGCUGUCAGCUACACAAUAAGCUGGUUUGAAAGCACAGUGAGUUUCUGUUUCACAUCGGCUAGCGUAUUAUUGUUAUUUCACCUGAUAAUGUCUGAAGUUCAUGUCUGAUGUUUCUGAAACUAAUAAACACGUCAAUAAUAUGCAGAUGA